AUGGAGCCCAAGGAACAUAUCACUUUAGACGAUGAACAUUCCUAUAGCUUUAAUGAAGUUCUUGGUUUAUGUCUCGCAAAAAAGGAACAUGGUACAUUCGAAUGUAUAAAUCGUGGCAUUUUAAGUACCUUGCAGUCAUUAAACGAUAAGGAUAGUUUGGAGUUUGGAAAGAUGCAACUUGACAGAGCGGAGGGCUAUGGUAGAGAUCUUUUGGAUCUAGAUUAUGAUCCAAAAGAUUUUGGAAAUGUUGUAAAGGCAGCUGCCAGACUUAUGGAACGCCGCAAUGUCAAGUGGAAUUUGGAUAAUAUAUAUCCGGGAUUACAGAUGCGUAUUGGACCAAUGUUAAACGGAAACGGAAUAUUGGAAUUUGUUAUUAAUGAAAGAGUUCCUUCAUACGGCGAUAGGCAGACUAGUACAGACGUUACAUGUUACAACCAGUUUGAAGAACGUCCUCUAGCAGGCAGCACUAUCAAGACAACCGGACUGGUUGCAAAUUCAAGGUCAAUUUCUAUCUUUUCAGGAAGGCAGUUGACUAGACACAUAUUACUCCCAUUUCUAUUGGGUUUCAAAUUCAAUCUGGCGUCACUAAUUCCGCUUAUGUUCGGUUUCCUGUUAAUCGUAACCAAGAAGGCCCUCUUAUUGACGAAGAUGGCGUUGUUUUUGAUCGGUCUUUUAGGAUGGAAUACGCUCUUUUCCGGGGCACCUGCUGUACCUCCUUACUCGGCAAACGCAUUUAAUGGCUUCCACACUUACGGACACGACACACCGGCUGGUGUAUAUACCCAUUACGAUUAUCAUUACCCGCAGCGACCUUAUAGACCCUUACAGGACUACAGUCCUUAUGAUCAGCAUGUUAUUAGAGAAGUUGUUAAUGUUUAUGACGGAAAUAGCGAUUCGGGACAAAUGAUUGCUAAAAGUGAAUACACAAAUCUAUUUGAACGUUGCGCAAACGAAAAAAACACUUUCAAUUGUUUCAAACGGCGUGCUUUGGAAAUUCUCGACUCGGCUAUUCAAGAUGAUUCUAUAUUUAAAAUCAAUGAUUACAUUUCAAUUACCAAAGAUCCAACAUCUACCGCUAGAAGUUACAACUCGAUGGAAUCUGAAAAUGGCACGGAACUAAGUCUCGAUCAAAAAUUGGAUAACAAGUUUUAUGAAUAUUUGACAUCGAGAAACGUGAAACUAACAAUACCGGGAAAUGUUUUUGAAGGAAGAAGAAAAAAGAAUAAGGGUUUUGGAUAUAUAAUAGUAGCAGGUGCCGUGUUAGCAGGUAUGAUGGCGCAAUUAGCCUAUGGAAAAAUUGCUUUCCUUGCUGGCACGGCUUUACUGACGGCGAAAAUGGCUUUAGUUUUAAGCGCGAUAGUCGGUUUGAAAAAACUAGUAUCUAGUGGAGGAGGUGGUCAUGAAGUAAUUUAUGCUACAGCAUCGGAACAUCAUGGAGGUGGUAGCGGUGGAUAUGGUGGUGGUUGGCAACGAACAAUGGAUGUUUGCGUGCUGCUGUUGUUAAUCUGCAGUGCAAUUCAUGCCAAUGAGGACGGCGGAUUCCUUGAACGAGGAUAUCGUGCUCUUUAUCGUGUCUACGAGGAGUGCGAGCAUCGCAAUAUGGCCGUGUCGCCGUGUUUGAAAAAGAAGGCGAUCGCCUUCUUCGAGAGACUCGGUCGUAUACAGACUUUACCGAUCAGCGAUAAUCUCGAGCUGAUCAAAGUCGCUUCUGCGACGGAUGAUAGCUCGAAAAACACGAUUCCCGAUUUGGAGAAGACUUUGGCUAGAACUAACGGAGGGGCCAUGGACGAAAUGCUCAACGAUAUUCUGUUCGAGCGUGUAGCCGCGCUAAUGAACAGUUUCAACGUGCAGAUCAGCUUACCAAAGACAAGUUCUGGCGAAUUAAAACGAAGUAUUGAGGAAGGUCGUGGGAAAAUGAAGAAGAUGAUGGGCAUGAUGAUGAUGGGAAUGGCGAUGAAACUCGCCGCGUUAGUUCCCAUUGCUAUGGGCGUGCUUUUCCUGCUGGCAGGUAAAGCUCUGAUCAUCAGCAAAAUCGCUUUAGUUCUGUCGCUGAUCAUCGGCUUGAAGAAAUUACUAAGUCAAAAGCAGGGUCACGAUCAUGGCGGCUGGCAGCAAGGCGGAGGUGGAUGGGACAGAAGUCUGAAGGGAGUCGUAGACGCACCUGUAUCAUCAAUGACGGAAGCCGAUCGCGAAUACGCUCAGACUUUAGCUUACAACGCGCGGCAGAAACAUUAA